AUGGGAUUCCCAGAACGAGACGCAGAUCCGGGGGAAGAUGACGAGGAAGCGCCAAAGGUGGCGAGUUCAGGCGCGUCGAGCAAAGCUAAGAAGGUCGUGACGAAGAAUAAAGCGAAAGCGGAGGGACCGGAAAAGGAAGCGGGGGAGGAAGCUGGGGAAGGAGCGGAGGAGGAUGACGCGCUCCUGACGAAGAAGCCGUCGAAACGGCAGCAGUUGAUGCAGCACUUACAAUCCCCCGUUUUUAUCACCCGGCUCGUUAUGAUGGCGUUUCUGGUGAUAGUGGUGGUGGUGCUCACAGUCGGCACGUGGUUCGCCGCCAGAACUGUUUACAGCCAAUCGCUCGACGCCGUCGCCCUUCAGCUGCGCGAGAAGACCCUAGUGGGCGUGCAGGAGCAGUUCCUGCUGUACAUAAACCGCGAUCGCGACGUGCUCGCGUCGCUCUCCUCCGUGCUCGAAAACACCUUCCAACAGCUAGGCGUGUGGAACCUAACCCUUAACGAUAACCUCCGACUGGUCCGUCCGCUACUCUGGUCUUUCUUCAAGAGCUCGCUCCCACACAUCACCACUCUCGGCUACUACAGCAUGACAGGCCCGUUUGUAACAUACGCACAGUACGAUUCUGCAAAACAGUCCUUCGCCUCCCAGGACGGAUCUCUCUCCAUGGUCUAUUCCAAAAACGUUCUCCCCACCUCCACCGCCCCCUGGUUCAUCCUGCCCAUAAACUCCUCCUCCGGGCUGCCCGCAAACAAUACCCCGACGCCGUUCAAGCCGCUGCGGCUGGGGUCAACGGAGCUGUACCAGCAGAUCGAGCGGGGGGAGGAGAAUCUCCUGUGGACGUUCAACGCGAUUCAGGACCUGUCGGGCCCGAUGCUUGUCGCCACCGCAGCUGUGCAGGUUCCAGAGAGGCGCGCCCCUGUGGGCGUGCUCAUUCUAGGCACGUCCGUGGGUGUUGUGAACCGGUUUCUCGGGCAGGACACGAUAGAGGGGUGCGUUAUGUAUAUCGGAAGCUCUGAAGGGUUCCUGGUGGCGUCGUCGACUGGGGUGGCCACGUCCACCCCGACUGAAGACGGGCGGCUGCAGCAGUUUGUGAAUGCGACGGACGUGGGGGAUGCCACGAUUGCAGGAGUGGCAAGGUAUCUGGAGGGGGAGUUUGGGCUGCCGGCGCUGGUGGCGGGGAAUCAUAGUCUGAGCAAUGUGGACUUGGUGGGGCGCGCGUGGUAUGUCAGCAGCAUGGGCUUCGCCGUUGAUAACCUGAGGCUGUACCUGGUGAUCAUUCUCCCGCGCACGUCCAUCAUGGGACCGGUGGAUCAGAAGAUGGAGACAAUGAUCAUCGUGACAUCGUGUGUGGCGGUGGGGCUGCUGCUGCUGGGGUGGGUGGUGGUGAUCUUCCUCACGCUCUACGUGGACACGCGCAUGCGCCCCAAGGAGGAGCUGCAGCGCCAGAAGGAGGAGACACAGCGGGCGCAGGCGGCCUCGGAAGUGAAGAGUCAAUUCCUGGCGAACAUCUCCCAUGAUCUCAGGACGCCUAUGGCCGGCAUCCUGGGUCUGCUGGACAUCAUGCUGUGCGACCAUCUAACGGCUGAGCAGGAGGCCAAUCUGAGGCAGAUGAAGUCGUGCUGCGCCUCCCUCCUGGGGCUGCUGAACAACCUGCUGGACCUGGCCAAGGUGGAGGCGGGGCGCAUGCAGCUGGAGGUGUUGGAGUUUGACAUUGUGGGCGAGCUCGAGUCGCUGGUCGACAUGUUCAGCGUGCAGGGGCUCAGCAACGGCACGGAGAUCGCUCUGGAUUUGUCAGAUGAUAUAGAGAGGACCGUGAAGGGAGACCCGUCCAGGGUCAGACAGCUGGAGGUGUUGGAGUUUGACAUUGUGGGCGAGCUCGAGUCUCUGGUCGACAUGUUCAGCGUGCAGGGGCUCAGCAACGGCACGGAAAUUGCGCUGGACCUCUCGGAUGACAUCGAGAGAACUGUGAAGGGAGACCCGUCAAGGGUCAGACAGACGUUUCGCAAUUCUCACUUGCCCUCAGCUCUCCCUGCCACUCCCUUUUUCCCCCUCUCCCUUUUCUCCCUCGUUUCCCUCGUUUCCCUUGUCUCCCUCGUCUCCCUCUCCCUUGUCUCCUUCUGCUCCUUGUCUCCAUCGUCGCCCUAUCCUCUCCUGCCGCCCGCCAGGCGAGCCAGCCACGAUGCGGACAGCACGUCAGCUUCAGCCACAACCUUUGAGGCGCCUCAAAAGUCCCCUCACUCCCCCUCCUCCCCUUCCCGUUCUCUCCCCUCCCUCCGUACCUCCCGUCCCAGGCGAGCCAGCCACGACGCGGACAGCACGUCAGCUUCAGCCACAACCACCGCUGCUGCCACCGACGCUGCAGGCAGCGCAGAAAGCGACACAUCAGACCCUUCAACAGCAGCAGGCGCAGCAGCAGCAGCAGCAGCAGGGGGAGCGGGAGGGGGCGCAGGGGCAGCGGGGGGGGCGGGUGCCGGGGGGAAGGAGGGGGCGAGGGAGAGGCGGAUGGUGACGUUUAUGUUUGAGGUGGAUGACUCGGGGCCGGGCAUUCCCGCGCACAAGAGGCAGCUCGUGUUUGAAAACUUCCAGCAGGCCGAUGCUUCGACUAACCGCACCCAUGGAGGCACGGGCCUCGGCCUGGGAAUCGUCAAAUCCCUCGUGCGUUUUGGCUUGGUGCAACUGAUGGGCGGGCACAUAGCGGUGGUGGACAAGGAGGGGCAAGGAGCUCGCUUCCGGUUUGACCUGUGCUUUGAGGCGCUGGACCACAGCAGCGUGUGGAAGAACAGCAUGCUGCAGCCCGAGUUCCUCCUCCCCAAGCUCACCACCGUCGAGGGCGGCCAGGUGCUCCUCGCCAUGCACGAGGAAUCCGCCGGCGCCGCCAUCGCCUGUGCGUGGCUCGAGCGGCGGAAGCUGCACGUGUGGCGGGCCACGCAGUGGGGCGAUAUCAUGCCGGCUGUCUCGUCUAUGCUGGUUCAUAGAGCGUCGGAUAGAGCGGGGCUGCAGCCACGGGUGUCGAGAUCUAUGGUGGGGUUUUCAGCGCCGCUGGCUCGGUCGUUUCAGCCGGGCAGGGAGGGGGUUGGGGCGGGCGGGAGGGCCGGUGCAGGUGGGGGAGUGGGGAGGGAAGGGGUGUUUAAUCCGAUUCCGGAGCAGAACCAGAGCCAAGGGGCGUCGUUUAGGGACGGGGGAGGCUCGGCCAGCCCUGCUGCCGGUCCUGCUGGCCAUCGCCCCACCACUCCAAGAGAUCGUGUUCCCCCGAGCCAACCCUAUGCCUCAGGCUCGGUAAAUAGUGGUGCCUCGGUAGCAAGUCCCGCUGGGGCAGGGAGCAGCACAGGUACGGGCCGAGCCAUGUCUCCAGCGUCGUCGUUUUCCCGAAGCUCCUUCAACGAGCACGGUAGGGUAAAUAGCCCCGGAACGGUCGGGGACGACGGCGCAGGUACCCCCGGCGGCAACAGCUUCGGAUCCGCCAACUCGCGGCUCGUCCUCGCGAUAAUCGACGUAUCACUCGUCCCGAACCUCUAUCAAUUCAUAGCAGAAGAGCUACAUAUAUUCCGAGCCAGGCUGCAGCACCAGGGGUUUGUGAUCGCGUGGCUCGUGGAGCACAACACGUCGGCGGAUACCAGGCGGUCGCUGCGGCGGUCGGGGUGUGCGGUGGCGUCCAAGCCGCUGUAUGCGUCCCGCAUGGCGCCGCUGCUGGCGCUGGCGACUGCCAGGAACGGCGUGGCGCAUUCCAGCUCGAGUAUUGACAUGCCGCCGCUGCCCAGUGCGGGGGCGGGGAGGAGGGAGCCGGGGGGAGGGGGGGGCGGAGGGGGGGGCGGUGGGGGAGGCGCGGGGCCGCACUGGCAUGGGGAGGACUCGAGCUGGUCGCUCCCCCCGCCAGUGGAGGAGGAGGACGUGGCAAUGGACAAACAGGCGCCCGCCACGUCAGCAGCGGGAUCCCGCAGGGCGCUGCCGUCCCCGGCGUCGCUGGCAGCAGCAGCGGGCGGCAUGUCACCGGCUGCCAGACUCAUGGCACGGGGGGGCGUGGGGGGAGGAGCGGGAAGAGAGGGGGGAGGAGGCGGAGGAGGAGGCGGAGCAGGAGGAGGGGGGGGAGGGGGAGCAGGAGGGGGAGGGGGAGCAGGGGGGCUGGGAGGAGGAGGAGCAGUGGGGUCUCCUGGAGCUGGUGCAAUUGGAGGGACUGGGGAAAGGCCAGGGGCGACAGGGGGCGUGGGAGGGGCGAAUGAAAGUCAGAGGGAUGGCGGCAGUGCCAAGGGGUCGACACACAGAGUGGGUCGCGCUCGGUCUAUGAAGCAUGCACCGGGGGCAGCAGGGGAGGGCAACUUUGAGACAGCGUUGGCGGGCAAGCGGGUGCUCAUCGCAGAGGACACGGCGCUGCUGCGCAAGGUGGCGAUCAUUCGAAUGCAGAAGCUGGGGUGCGAGGUGGAGGCGGUGUGUGACGGGCAGCAGGCGGUGGACGCCAUUCUCGCCACCUACGCUGCUAGAGACACACAGGGCGACGCCGCCCCGCACUUCGAUGCUGUGCUCAUGGACUGCCAGAUGCCUGUGCUGGACGGGUACGGAGUGACAGCAGCCAUAAGAGCAGCAGAGAGCGGAACACGCUUCCACACGCCCAUAGUGGCGCUCACAGCCCACGCCAUGACGAGCGACGAGAAGAAGUGCCUCGAUGCGGGCAUGGACUCAACCCCUUCUUUCCAACCCCCUCUUCCCCCAUCGUCCACCCGCCAGAUGCCGGUGCUGGACGGGUACGGAGCCACGGCAGCCAUAAGAGCAGCGGAGGCAGGCACCCAGUUCCACACGCCCAUAGUGGCGCUCACAGCGCACGCCAUGACCAGCGAUGAGAAGAAGUGUCUGGAUGCGGGCAUGGACGCGUACCUGACCAAGCCCAUCGACCCCGCCCUCAUGGCGCACACGCUGCUCUCCCUCAUGACGCGCUACCCGCGCUGCUGCGUGCCGCACAUUGAGAGCAUUGCGGAGGGCGAGGAGGGGAGUGUGACAGUUGAGGUUGCAGCUGCCACCUCUGCAUCUGUGGGAGGAGUGGGUGCAGCUGGUUCUGGUUCAGGUGGGGGGGAGCGGCCGGCCUCUCCUGCUGCUGCUCUGGUUGUGACCAUGCAGCCGUGA